CAGGAUCCAGCUGAUUCCCCUCACCGGAAGCGAGGAGGGUAGGGGAAUUGUUCAAGGAACACUAGCACCAUGCUGUUCGCUGUCAGAUGUCUUUCAGGAUGCCCGGCUUCACACUUGCUCAGCAGAUCGCUCAUGACGGCUGGUGCGACGUACUCUAAAGGGCAGCUGCCUGAUAUGAAUGCAGGGCCCAUCCAUGUGAAUAAUGUGCGUGAUAGAUUGAGGGCUAUAGUGGGAGCUUCUACAAACUGGAGUGAUCAUGUACAGGCCAUGGAGGAAAGAAAGUCUCUACAGUCCCUGCUGGCUAAGAAGCAAGAAGACCUCCCAGCACGGAAAAUGAAAGACAGCUACAUCGAAGUCUCAUUGCCACUUGGUAGUCAGCCACAACUGAGAGAAAAGUAUCUGAAUGUGUACAACAAUGUGAGGUUUGGGAGAAUCCUGGAAGACUUGGACAGUCUGGGAGUGCUCAUUUGUUAUACUCAUACAAAGGCUGAAUCUGGCAAGACUCCUUUAUCAAUUGUCACUGCCUUGGUCGAUAAAAUAGAUUUACAGAAGCAUCUUAUUUCUCCUGACUGUGAUAUCAAAUUUACUGGGCAUGUUUCGUGGGUUGGGAAAACAUCCAUGGAAGUCAAAAUGCACAUGUUACAGCUCCAUGGCGAUGUGUUCAGUCCCGUGCUUGAUGCAACUUUUGUAAUGGUGGCCAGAGAUCCUGAGAACAAGAGGCCAGCCUAUGUUAACCCAUUAGUCCCGGACGGUCCUGAAGAAGAAAACCUAUUCCAACAAGGAGAAUCAAACAAAAUGAGAAGAGUUGCUUUCAGCACAGCAUCUUUACUGAAAAUGGCUCCAACGGGAGAAGAACGAAAUAUUGUACAUGAUCUGUUUCUAAACACACUAGACUCAAGGACUGUAAGUUUUCGUAGCCGCAUCUUGCCUCCAAAUUCAAUAUGGAUGGAAGAUGCAAAACUUAAGGGCCUGGAAAUCUGUCACCCCCAGCAAAGAAAUAUAUUCAACCGAAUCUUUGGAGGUUAUCUCAUGAGGAAGGCGUAUGAACUGGGCUGGGCCACAGCUUGUUCUUAUGGUGGUUCUAGGCCGUAUAUUGUGGCUGUUGAUGACAUCAUGUUCCAAAAACCUGUAGAAAUUGGAUCAUUAUUAUUCCUGUCUGCACAGGUGUGUUACACACAUGGUAACUACAUGCAGGUCAGAGUGCACAGUGAGGUAUCUGAUCCAGUCACUAGAGAGCACCACACAACCAACAUCUUUCACUUUACUUUCUCAUCCGAAGAAGAAGUACCUAGAAUUGUACCCCAGACAUAUGGAGAGUCCAUGCUUUAUUUAGAUGGAAAACGUCACUUUAAUGCUGCUAUUCAAAGCAGAAAUGGCGAAAACUAGAAUGUGUAAUGUUGGAAGGACUCAAGCAAAGAAGAAAAGUGCACCUGUUACAAAACCAAAACAAGCAGCUGAACAAAACAUCACUAAAAUGCCUUUCUUUGGUUCAUGCACCAAAGACCAAGCCAAUUUCAGCAUCCUGUACAAAAUGCCUAACAUUUUCUACUGUGCAAUAUAACAGAUAUAUCCUUGUGACUGUUUUUUUUUUUUUUUUU